AUGAGGGAGCAUGCCAUCAUCUCGGGCUUAGACUGCCAUGAGUAUCCGAGGAAAUAUUUGAAGCUCGGGAGUACGAAGUUUGUGGAUUAUUACUUUGGUGGACUAAAGAAGAUCACCAUAACAGAUGUGGAGCACAAGCUGUUGUCUAUGAAGACGCCAUGCAAUGAUAGAUUGAAGAUGGCUGUCUUGUUCUUCCUUGGUCGGGUUAUCAGAGGACAUGCAAAGGAUUGCGGACCAGUAUACCCGUUCAUCUUAAGGAUCGUGGAAGAUUUGGAUGUUUGCAGAACAUUUCCAUGGGGUCGUUUGACAUUUGAAGAUGCAAUAAAGAACAUCAAGCAUAUGAUGGAGCUUCUGAAGGGUGAAGUGCACUCGGCAUGCGGCUUUCCUGGAUUCAUAAUUCCAUUAGAGGUAAAGCAUACAAUUUAG